AUGACCGAAACAAAGAUGCAACUGGAAGACUGGCUGGAUGACUUAUGUGUCCGCUUCAUCAUCAACCUACCCCGCGAAGAGCUCGAAUCUGUCGAACGAAUCUGUUUCCAAGUCGAAGAAGCACAAUGGUUUUACGAGGAUUUCAUUCGCCCGCUUGACCCCGCACUCCCAUCUCUCUCUCUAAGAGCGUUUGCUCUCCGCAUUUUCCAACACUGCCCUCUUAUGUCGCAAUGGUCCCACUACCAUCAUAUCACUGCCUUCUCAGAGUUCUUGGCCUACAAGACUCGCGUUCCCGUUCGGGGCGCAAUCUUGUUGAACCAGGAUAUGGAUGAGGUUGUUUUGGUUAAGGGCUGGAAGAAGAAUGCCAACUGGAGCUUUCCACGAGGCAAGAUCAAUAAGGGCGAGAAAGAUCUGGAUUGUGCUAUCCGCGAAGUUUACGAAGAAACCGGUUUUGAUGUGCGCGCCGCCAAUUUAGUGCCAGAAGAUGAGGACGUCAAAUACAUUGAGAUCUCUAUGCGCGAACAGCAUAUGAGACUCUACGUCUUUCGUGGCGUUUCCCGCGACACUCACUUUGAGCCCCGAACCCGCAAGGAGAUCAGCAAGAUCGAAUGGUACAAGCUAUCCGACCUGCCUACGUUGAAGAAGAACAAACAGGACGAAGGACUGGCCGUGGCCAAUGCGAACAAGUUCUACAUGGUAGCGCCGUUCUUGAACCAGCUCAAGAAAUGGAUUGCGCAGCAGAAGAGAGUCGGUUCUCAUGUUCAGGGCGCUACUGCCAACGGAGGUUAUGUCUCACCAGAUGGAAACGAACUCCACAUCAACAGCUCAAGCAUGGAACAGGCUCUUCCAAGUGAUCUGCCUGAGGUGACUUCCGGUCCAGAUGUGUCAUCUCACCUUAAGCGCCUGUUGAAUAUUGGAGGAGCUGUGCCAACCCCCGAAUCUGUGCAGCCUGCCCAACCAGCUCAGCCGAAUGCGGUAGACCAGUCAAAAUCGAAUGCAUUGCUUGCAUUAUUGCGACAGGGCUCUCAAGACGCCAUUCCUCGAUCUCCUGGUGUGACUGCGGUGACUGCGCCCCCAAGUGCACUUCCCAUGGCCGAAGCACCUCAUUUGGCACCUAAUUUCUUCCCUGGUUUCCCCCAACAACGUCAGCAUAUGCCUCUAUCGAACUUCAUGCAGCAGACAUCCGCACAGCCCAUGAACAAUGGCCCACAGAAUGCAACUAUGCAUCCUUCUACGAACUCAUACCAACAUUCCUCAUUCCCCCUCACGCAUCAGCUGGAGCUUUCGGCUUCCCCUGCGGUGCAACAAGUUCCCCAGGCGCACUCAGCUGGCUACCAUGACUAUCGUUCUGCGCCUCAAGCGAAUCACCUGGGUCUCCAGAGUCAGGGACCAGCUCCGUUCCAGCAAACAGGGGAUCCUCAGUUCUCACAGCAGGCCCUGCCACCUCAAGCUGCGGGAGCGAUUGUGCCACCGGCGAGCAGACUUCCUCCACCAAAGCUCAACAGCCAUUCUCUCGCAUUGCUGGGCUUCUUCAAGGGCGAUACUUCUCGGUCUCCAAGCAGCCCAUACGUUGCUGCUAAUGUCGCCGCUCCAGCGCAGGCUCAUCAGCAGCCGCGUAAGACGUCGCAGCAUCAAGAUAGCCUGUUGAACCUCUUCAAAGCACAGCAAACCCCGCCGGCUUCUAUACCGCAAGCUGUGGAGCUGUCUGGUAACCCUGUGCCAGUCUCAUCUGCACCUGCACCUGUGGAAAUCCAGAUCCUCCAGCGAGGCUCACAGCAGCGAAACCAUCAAUCACCACGUGCUUCCAACGCAGCAAGACCAGGUCAAACAUCAGCUACCGUAUCUGGCCCUUUGAACAUGCCACAGUUCGAGGUGAUUACCAAGCCUGGACCCAAGAAAGGUCUGAAUGGACAGAACAGAAAGAAUGCAACCUGGCGAGAACAACAACAGCCUCAGUCGCUCUCCUCGCCCAUAACGAUCCUGCCAAGACCCCAGUCUGCCAAGCGCAAUGUGACCAUGCCGCUGAUGCCUGUACCUCAGGCUCCGCACCAACCUCUCGUCCAGCAGCCACAAGCUCCUGAGCCAGUCAAGCCUUUCCAACCCCAGAUUUUGCGACGCUCUGAAAAGGCGGACUAUGAAGGGCUGAUGGCAGCGGGUGGUUCAGGCGCACCAGCUCAGGUGCCUGCGACGGAUCUGAGCCCACCGACCAACUUUGACCGCCGUCCGAGCCAAACUCAUGCCCAAAAGGAGGCGCUCUUGUCCCUGUUUGGCAAAUCGCCGGCAUCGCCAUCCCCUGCAUCCGUCGAGGCGCAGCAGGACCCUGGUAUGGCCCAACCUUCUGCAGCCUCAGGGUAUGUCAGCCCCAUGUCGUCUCGUCGAUUCCCUAGCAGCGGGGAGUCGCUCUCGCGCCGUGGCACCCCUUCGGAAGGUGACAUGGUUCCCAAUCGCAUUGCAUCGCCUAACAACAAGGCGUUCCUACUUGGGUAUUUGCAGGGCGUGGCGAAGGGUAGCAAAUGA